UAAUAUAGUGGCAGUACUUCACAAUGCGCUCCAGUGUACAGAAGUAGCUAUUAAACUGUCAACAGCACUAAAAGAUGAUAUUUUGAUGGCAAUGGAUAGGAACCCCAUCUUCCUGCCUGUGCUACUCAACGUUUCUGUAGCUUUCAAGCACAGUCAACCACAAUUUGUCACUGACUUGCAUACGUGACAUUGGCUGAAUAGCUCAUGAUUGCUCUCAUUCCUGUUCAUCAUCUACCUGGAGACCUCUAGAGAAGGUGGAGGCCAUGCCAACUUCCUUGCUGAAGCAGUUCGCUGUUAUUGACCUGAAUAAUCCCCUCCACAGCUGCAGCCUGAGAUAUCAUUAUAUACACAGAAUGAAGAUCAAAUUCAGUCUUGGUACCUCCUGAGGGGAAAUGUUUCAAAGGACUGAAUUGGCCAGUAUAUGACUGGCUAUCUUCUCCUUUUCUGCCCAACUAUUCCCUUAGUGUUGCACAUAUCCUGAAGGACGUUUUCAACACUUCAACACAGGGAAGUAGCAUUAUUUUGGGUGAAAAUGUUUUAUGUCCAUUGUUAAUAAUCCAUCAUGGGAAGAUGUGACCUCAGGAGCAAUCUCUGUAUGUGCUUCGUUGAAGCUCCACUGCACCUGCAAACUGGAACAAAUUCCAGUUCAUGCCAGCAUCCAGCAGAUUACCGUAAAUUCUUCUGUCUCUGCUAUGGUUUUAAGCCUGUGAUCAAAGUCUUCAAAGCCCUGCAUCACUGCAUCCCAUCUACGUCAGAAACUGAAUGAGGCUGUGCAUUUCUCAGUCUUGAAUAAGAAUGUAAGGGGCAAAAAUAAGUUUUAGUUAUCAGAUUUCAGGCAAAACUAAACACUUUCUUCUAUACCACGUUGUUGCUCUUUCCUGUCUUAACCAGCAUGAGAAUAUGGUGGGAGGAACACAUGUGCAUCUGGGUUAUACUAGAAAGGCUCAUCAGCAAACACUGCAAAGUCUGCCAUAAAAUGUUCAUCAGUCGGAUCACCAUUGCAGUGUAAUGGCUCUCUGGAUGAAUCCUAAAAUCAGUGCAUAACUCUUUGAUUUAAAGACUAUCAAAGUCACUACACCCAACUGAUAGGAAAACAUGCUCUGUAGACUUCAGUGAACUACUUGAACACAAUACAAUGCAAAGAGGAUUUUAAGGAAUUUGUUAUUUGCUCUCCAGAUCUCAAAUCCAUGCUGCUUUGAGUCUAAUAACUUUCUAUGAUUUGUUUGGUGAAAGCAUAUCUUCUAGAAAGGCAUCUGGGCAAUGUGGAGGUCACGAAUGCACUCAGAUUUUUGUGAUUUACACAUGGUUGGCACGAGGAAUACAAUCACAUUGCAUAAUAUCACCUUCGGACUCCGUUUUAAAAAUGAAGCUGCCAUGUACGCCUUCUUUAAGAAGGAGAUUAUACGUUGAAGUUGUUUUUCCCCUUAUCUCAUCUUUGGAACAAGGACGUUUUGAAAGCCAGGUGUUGGCUGCUCAGCAGCACGAGGGGUCACUGCUGAAAUAUGUGCACAAAGGCAUGCGGGCGGCGCGCUUGGAGAUCUCUUAACUUUGCUUGAGAAGCACUCAGAAACAAAGGGCCCAGCUUCAAUAUUUAAGUCAAGAGAAUGAAACAUUCAUGUGCUGCAGCGAGAUAUUGUUGCUGGAGCUGAACCGUGCCUGCCUGCCUGAGCCUGGGAACGCACGGCAGAAUUUAUGUGCCAGCCGUAAAACCUGCGUUUAGGGACACAAAUUCCCACCAAUCAGACUAAAUAAAUCAGCAGGCCCAGGUUUUAUCAUCACAGAUAACCCUCAUUAAUCCAGCGAGCUUUUCCCGAAGACAAAGGACAAAAUGAAUUGCUCCAUUUGCGCUGCCUGAGCGGCAUGCUAAUGCGGGAGGUGGAGGCAUGAAUAAUGCAGGGCACGCAGCCCGGCACGCAGCUCCCGGCUGCCCCUGGCACCGCGCAACAAGUGGCGGCCACCGCUCGGCCAUCGCCAUCGGCACCCGAUGCCAUCCGGAGGGAGCAAACCUCUGUGCCCGCCCCGUGCCCAGCACAGCCGGGGGCAGCCCGAGCUUCAGCCCCGGGUAACGUGGAGCCGGGAAGCGCGGUCGUUCGUAACUCACACGUCCGUGACCCUGAAUUACUGCUCUUGGCAGAGAGCAGCGCGCUUGGGAGCAGCAUGGAAGCAGUGGGGUGGUAACAGGACAUGCACAGACCAACAGCAGGAGAGUGCUGUGGAGAGAAAACCAAGCUUUGCAGAGGAAUCUCUGUCAUCAACAAAUAGAAAAUUGAUUUCACCAAUAGUCAUUUCACAGAUGAUUGAUGAGACUAAACUGCAAGAAAAUCGGUCUGCUUUGCUGAUGCAGGCUGUGACCCCCCAGCCCAGCGCGUGGCACACAAAGCAAUCUUUGACUAAGGAUGGUUCAGUAAACAUUAACAGCACAUUUGCUGUACUUGCCAGCCGAUUAGAAAUUCAAUCAUCCUUAAGUGAUACCACCUCUCCAUCAGGCUGUCCCAUCGCAGAUGGAAAACAGUGUCAAAAGCAGAAGGGUUUUGCCUCCAUAACCAUUACAGCCCGGCGUGUCACUGCGGGCUCCAACCAUCCAACCUGGGGACCCAGGGCUGUGCUGGAGCCCCAUGCUGUGUCCCCCACCUUGAGUGAGAUCUCUGCUGCCCUCCACCACCGACUUUCACCUGACCAAGCAAACCCCAAAGUCACUCCAUCACGGGUUUCUGAUUGUUGCUCAAAAUUAAGUAGAGAGCUGCGUGAGAGGUUUUUCAGCCUCAGAAAUGGGGAGAACGGUGUGGGUCUUCAAAGCAGCGAUGGGAGAGAGAAAGUACCGCCUUCAUUCACCUCAUCUGUCCGCCUUCAGGUUUCUCAGCAGUGUCCAAAUCCCAUCUAUUACAUAGACAAGUCACUCAACGUGUGCCUUGACCGACCUCGAAUUAAAUGCCAAAAAAUUUAUAGAUCAGCGCUGUCCUUCACUAUAAAUUGUAGUUCGUCUAGAUUAACAGCAGAUGGAGUAGAUGGUAUAGGUAAUGGAGAGUCAAUAGAGAAGAUGCUUCAGAUAAAGCUCCUGAGAGAAAACAAGGCUCCACGCAGAACAAACAGGAGUGCACGUUUAACAGAACGUAAUGUAAUUAAUAAACAGACAACAAAUGAAGGCUAUUUGGUUACUAAAUGCCCUUUGACAAGAGUCUGUGCCUUUGAACUUCCAGCAUCUGGGCAUGCACCCAAAGGACCUAACAGCACAACACCAACAAAGCAAGAUGAUGAUAAGCAGUCUGGCAGCUAUCGCACUACAUUUUCUCUCCAUCUUUCUAAUUCAAGUGGUGAGGCAGGAAAGCAAAUGAUGUCUGGAAGCCAGAAGAAGCAGUGCACCAUGAGCAGGAGAAGCAAAACAGCCUCUGCCUCUUUUCUGGGUACAACACUGGGAAAAGCAAAAGCAGCCACAGCUGACACUGAUGGCUCACCAAAAAAGAGCGAUCCCUCCAAGGGCACCUCUGCAUCCAAAGAGAUCCAAGCCCAGGGCGUCCUGAAACCAAAAAUGUCCAUCUCCAACUGUACGUGCAAUAUAAAAGCUUCUUCAAGAGUCCUCUUAGAAGAAAAAGUUCACAGGCAAAACCAGCUCCUAAAAAGUGAUUGCCAGUCCCGUGGUUCAAGUGGCAAAAUGGAGAAGGAGGAGGAGCAGGCGCAAGCCAGCCGGGAAGCCCUGUCCUCAGCCUGCUGGCCAGGUGGCCCUUAUGGGACACACAGCGUGCUCGUGGAGCCAGGUGUUGGCUCCGAGCCUGAGAAGGGUUCACCAGCCCCACUGACACUGCAGGAAGCACUAGAAAUCCAUAAGCCUCACUUCAUUUCCCGUUCGCAAGAAAGGCUGAAGAAACUGGAACAUAUGGUGCAGCAGAGGAAAGCCCAGCAGAGUGAUGCACCAGUGAGCUCACCCCGCAAGCUUUCCUCAGCAUCCACUUCAAACAAAAAAAAGCAAUACACUGUUCCUGACCCACUCAGCGAUAACCUCUUCAAACCAAAGGAAAGAUUCAUUCCGGAGAAGGAGAUGCACAUGAGAUCCAAAAGGAUUUAUGACAAUUUACCUGAAGUAAAAAAGAAGCAAGAGGAAAAACAGAAGCGGAUAAUCAUCCAGAGCAACAGAAUGCGCGUGGAGAUCUUUAAAAAGCAAUUACUGGACCAGCUCCUUCAAAGGAAAACCGAAUGACAAAGGAUUCUCUUGCCUAUCACCGUAAUUGGAUCUCCAAUGCUUUUGACUGUUAGAUAAGCCAUAAAACUUGCUGUUAUCUUAAUUACGUGAAGGUAUUUUUCUUAUCUUUGGCGCCUUAUAUAAAAAGAAAGAUCAUUUAUAUUUCAAUUGAAAUUUUAAGGCAACUUUCAAGUAAGCAAGGCAGUCUAAAAAAAGGCACAGCUGUUUCAGAGCAUCAACUUAUGGUCAGUGUACCCAGAGGAAAUAAUUUUAAGAAUUUUUAAUGCAAAUACCAAAUUACAGUGGUGUUAUUUAUCUUAAUCUGUUUCAAAGUAUACAUCUCUGUAGCAAUAGAGCUGGGUUUAAAAGACCUGAGGAGCUUAUUUCUCUGAAGUAUUCUAUUAAUUGAUUUCCUGUGAGUUAAAUCCUUGAACUAAAGAAAAACGAAUAUCAUUAUUUGUUAUGUUUAGAAACUAGCUGAAAUAGCAUUACCACAUAAUCAUAGCAGCAGCAGUUUCACAUUAAUACUUAACAUACCAAAAGGGACCAAUCUUGGAGCUCUCUGAAGGACUCUACUCCUGUUUAUGUAGUGCAUUCGCAUAGCAAGUUUACCUGUUAAAAAGCAAUAUUUAAAAUUUCGGUCUUAACUCUUUUAUUUGUGUUUUUCAAUUUAAUAUGUAUUUUACUUCACUUUUGCAAGCAUUAAGUAUUUAUAGAAAUGGCAUAUUAAGAAGCCGUGCCAAGAAGUAUGUUUGCAUCAAAACUGCAGAACUAAAACCAUCUGCAAUGUUUCCUUCAAAAAUAUUUAAAUCUUUAUUUGUACAUUUUGGAAGUAAAAACAACCAGCUUAAAACCAAUGGAAUUUAUUUAUGGAA